AUGACAUCAAGACAAGACAAAUAUAAGCUUCUUGACUUAGAACUGGCAUAUUUGGCUCAUAAUUUGAAGGCAAAAACCAGCCAAAUUAAAAAAAAUAACAAAAAAGGAAUAGAAAAGUUACAAGAAAAUAUUGCUAAAUCCAUGAUAGAAAUUGAUAGUAUAUUGAACGAUUUACAACAUGGUUUAAGUAAUGAACCAUUAUCAUCUGAAACUAAAAAUUGUAUUAAUGAUAUUAAAAUUUUCUUUCAAGAGAUUAUAAUUUAUAACCAUAGGUUGUAUUUUAAAGGCAAAGACAGUGCAGAAGUUUACUUGAGAAAAUUUGUGAAUAGAUUUUACAAAAUUGUUGAUGAUGACUUGGCUGUUGGAGAACAAAAUUGA